AUGAACCAGAAUACUCUGCCCCCUAUAAAGAAAUCUGGGGCUGGAAAAGGUAUAAAUCUUGUGCAGAAAAGUCGUAAGCUGGCUUAUGAAGAGCCGGCAAAAGAAAUUCAAGAUGCUAGUUACAAAAGCAAGAAACGGCUGAGGGAGCUGAAGAAAAUGAAACAGAGUCAGAUAAAGCCGGUGUCAAUAGAAGCAGAGAUUGAAAGAGACAAGCAUAUCAGAAUAAUAGGACAGCUGAAGGCGGCUGAAGCCAGGAACAGAAUCAGGACAAUGCGAUUGCGCUAUGAGGCAAACAAGGCACAAGAAAUAUCACACUUGAUUGCCUGCCAACCUGUGGCACUGAAAGCUAUUAGACUUGAGGCUCUAGUGCCACCAUACACUGAAGUGAAGGAGAAAACAGAAUUACUGGAUAAGUUUCAGAGGCAGAGAGUUGAAGCCCUCCUGGAAGACAGCCUGGGGUUGCUGACCAACAGAGUUGUCUAG